CGGAUUUUGAGAAUUAUGGAAAAAGUGAUAUUUUACGUGAAAUGGGUUAUGAAAUUUUUGGAGAUGGAAUAUUUGUGAUUAAUGGAAAUUUGAUUUAUUCAUCUAUAAUUGGAAAAUCUCAAGUGUUAAUAGACAUUUUAAUAAAGUAUGCAGAUAACGGAAACCCCAUUGAUUUACAAGAUUUAUUUUACAAAUUCACUAUAGAUACCUUUGGAGACAUGUCAUUCGGAGUAGAUUUUGGAUGUCUAACCCAUCCUGAGGAAAAAUCGCAAUUUGUUACUAAUUUUGAUUAUGCUUUAAAAGUUAUGAAUGAAAGAUUUGAGCAACCUUUAUGGAAAUUUAUAGAAAAGUAUAGUGAAAAAGGUCGAAGAAUGCGUAAGGCUUGUAAAUAUAUUGAUGACUAUGUGUAUAAUAUGAUAAAUAAUCAUAAAUCAGAGCUUAGGACCGGGAAGAAAACAGUGAACAAUUUGUUAACUUUGCUUAUGGAAGCUGUUGAUGAAAAUGGUAAUAAAUUUAAUGACAAAGAAUUGAGAGAUGUUGUAAUGAAUCUUAUUCUUGCUGGUCGUGAUACUACUGCACAAGCUCUAUCUUGGAUGAUGUACUCGAUCAUGGCAAACCAGUCUGUUGAAACCUUAUUGCUUCAAGAAAUUGAUUCACUUCUUUCUGGAGAAACGCUUAUCCCAUCGUAUGAUGAUAUUAAGUUAUUUAAAUAUACUACAGCUACGUUCUAUGAAACUCUUCGGUUAUAUCCUAUCGUUCCAGUAAAUGAAAGGAUCUGUGUUAAGGAUAAUGUUCUGCCUAAUAACAUUCCAGUAUUUGUUGGAGAAUAUGUAGAAUAUAACCUCUAUAUAAUGGGAAGAGAUAAAAAAAUCUGGGGUGAAGAUGCUAAAGAAUUCAAUCCCAAAAGAUUUUUAAAUUCAGAGGAUGGUUUAAGACCAAAUAAAUUCAAGUUUGCUUCAUUUCAUGCUGGUCACAGAACUUGUUUGGGUCAGCAAUUUGCAACUUUUGAAGUAAUUAUACUUGUAGCAAUGAUGUUGAAAAAAUUUAAAUUUGAAUUAGUGCCUGGGCAAAAAUCACCACCGGAAUUUAAAGAUGACAUUUCAUUACCGAUGAAGGAUCCUCUUAUGACUAAAAAAACUGUUUCAUGA